GAUUUUGCUCGACUUCUCGAGUUCUUGUCAGUCGUUACUGCUUCUCCACCAUGAGGAGUUGAGCUCCCACUCCCUAUUUAACGUUUUCUAUUGAAUUCAUCGAUAAAACCCUAAUUUCGUCUCCGUAGUUCAUCGGCACGCCGCCGUCCAUCUCUCGCCAUGUUCUCCCUUACCGCAGACUCGACUCCACCGGAGUCAAGCUCAGCUUCCAUAAGAUACCUCCAAUUCAUUCCAUGGACUCAUCGAUUGAUUUCAACGCUAAUGUUAGAAAAUCCGAGGGGCUUCUCUACACACUAGCUGACGCCAUGGUCGCUGUGGAUUCUACCUCUGGCGCCGCCGAUGCUACCGCGCCGCAGAAGAAUGGUGGUUGGUUCGGAUUUAUCUCGGAUGGAAUGGAAUUCGUGCUCAAGGAAGGUGUUGAAGGAUGGAUUGAGUGCUGUUCAUGUGCCAUAUCCAUAUGGAGUUGCGAUUAUUCUACUUACAUUUAUUGUUAACUAGAUGCUGCUAC